GCGGGCGCGGCGGAGCGAGGGCGCGAUGGCCGGGAGCCCGGGGAGCCCGUGCGCGCUGCUGCCGCUGCUCCUGAUCUGCUUGGACCUUGGAAAUGGACUUCACUUAGAGGUCUUGAACGCAAGAGGUGAAGAUAAACUUCCUAAGCAUACUCACUUAGUGAGGCAGAAGCGAGCCUGGAUCACCGCCCCCGUGGCUCUUCGGGAGGGAGAAGAUCUGUCCAAGAAGAACCCAAUCGCCAAGAUACAUUCUGAUAUCGCAGAAGAAAGAGGACUAAAAAUUACCUACAGAUACACUGGAAAAGGGAUUACAGAGCCACCUUUUGGUAUAUUUGUCUUUAAUAAAGACACAGGAGAAUUGAACAUUACCAGCAUUCUUGAUCGGGAAGAAACACCAUUUUUUCUGCUAACGGGCUAUGCCUUAGACGUCAGAGGAAACAACCUAGAGAAACCCUUGGAACUCCGCAUCAAAGUUCUUGACAUCAAUGACAACGAGCCAGUGUUUACCCAGGACGUCUUUGUUGGGUCUGUUGAAGAGCUGAGUGCGGCACAUACACUUGUGAUGAAAAUCACAGCAACAGAUGCAGAUGAGCCCAAUACUAUGAAUUCUAAGAUUUCCUACAGAAUCGUAUCUCAGGAGCCCACAAAUCCUUCAGUGUUCUACCUAAAUAAAGACACCGGAGAGAUUUAUACAACCAGUGUUUCCUUGGACCGAGAGGAACAUAGCAGCUAUUCUCUGACAGUAGAAGCCAGAGAUGGCAAUGGACAAAUAACGGACAAACCAGUACACCAAGCCCAAGUUCAGAUUCGUAUUUUGGAUGUCAAUGACAACGUGCCAGUGGUGGAACAUGAAAUGUACGAAGGGGUGAUUGAAGAGAACCAAGUCAACGUAGAAGUGAUGCGUAUAAAAGUGUUUGACGCAGAUGAAAUAGGCUCUGAUAAUUGGCUAGCAAAUUUUACCUUUGCCUCGGGCAAUGAAGGGGGUUAUUUCCACAUAGAAACCGAUGCUCAGACUAAUGAAGGGAUUGUGACUCUCGUUAAGGAAGUUGACUAUGAACAACUGAAGAAUCUUGACUUCAGUAUUAUUGUGACCAAUAAAGCAGCUUUUCACAAGUCCAUUCGGAACAGGUACAAGCCCACCUCCAUCCCCAUCAGAGUAAAGGUGAAAAACGUGGUGGAAGGCAUUCAUUUCAAAAGCAGCACAAUCUCAGUCCGUACUAGUGAAGGGAUGGACAUAUCCAGCCAGAGCCGAUCACUUGGAAAAUUUCAAGUUUUCGAUGAAGACACUGGGAAACCAGCUAAUAAUGUAAGAUAUGCAAAGUUGGAAGAUGCAGACAAUUGGGUCUCUGUGGAUUCCGUGACAUCAGAAAUUAAACUUGUAAAACCUCCUGAUUUUGAAUCUAGAUAUGUUCAAAACGGUACCUACACGGUGAAGGUUGUGGCUAUAUCAGAGGAUCAUCCUAGAAAAACUAUCACUGGCACUGUCCUUAUCACGGUUGAAGACAUCAAUGACAACUGUCCCACACUGGUGGACCCGGUGCAGAGUGUCUGCGAAGACACGCCGUCGGUUAAUGUCACUGCAGAGGAUCUGGACGGGUUCCCUUAUGGCGAGCCGUUCAGCUUCUCUGUCAUCGACCAGCCACCUGGAACAGCAGAGCAGUGGAAAAUCGUCCACCAAGAAAGUACCAGCGUGCUGCUCCAGCAGAGCGAAAGGAAGCUUGGGAGAAGUGAGAUUCCACUCCUGAUUGCAGACAAUCAAGGCUUCAGCUGCCCGGAAAAGCAGGUCCUUAAGCUCACGGUCUGUGAGUGUCUGCGUGGCAGCGGCUGUGUUGAAGCCCAGCAAGAUGCCCACUUCGGCCUGGGACCUGCAGCAAUUGCCCUCAUGAUUUUGGCCCUUCUGCUGUUGUUACUUGUGCCACUCUUGCUGUUGGUGUGCCAUUGUGGAGAGAGUGCCAAAGGCUUCACCCCCAUUCCUGGCACCAUAGAGAUGCUGCACCCUUGGAAUAAUGAAGGAGCACCACCUGAAGACAAGGUGGUGCCCUCACUUCUGGCCAUGGAUCAUGGGGAGAAUACAGCUUUAAGAAAUGGAGUAGGAGGUGCAAUGAUGUCCAAGGAACUCACCAUGAAAGGAAGUAGCUCUGCUUCCUUUACCAAAGGGCAGCGUGACUUGUCCGAUGUGGAUGGACGAUGGGAAGAACACAGAAGCCUCAUUACUAGUGGGGUUACUCAUGUUAUAGAGACAACAGGAGCCGUCGCAGGCAAUGAAACCCUAAAGACCACAAGAGUCGCAGGAGUUUCCAGAGACAUGACCAGGGCCCAGGCAGCUGCUGUUGCCAUGAACGAGGAAUUCUUAGGAAAUUACUUCACUGAGAAAGCAGCCUCCUAUGCUGAGGAAGAUGACCUUCACACGGCCAGAGACUUCCUUCUGGUGUACUCUCAGGAAGAAACGCAGUCUCCACAAGGGUCCAUCGGCUGCUGCAGUUUCAUCGAAGAGGGGCUUGAUGAUCGCUUUUUAGAUGACUUGGGACUUAAAUUUAAGACACUAGCUGAAGUUUGCUUAGGGCGCACAAUAGAUGUGGAUAUGGAAAUUGAGCAGAGAGAAAAGCCUGUGAGAAAAGCCAGCAUGAGCGCAGUUCCACAGUCCCAUCAUGAGCAAGCCAUGGUUCACUUAGAGAACACCCACUCUUCCAAAAGCAGCUCUCAAGUCCCGAAACCUGUGCACGAAGCAAGCGCACAGCACGUGACUCAGGAGACGGUCACUGAAAGGUCUCUCUCCUCCAGGCAGAGUCAGAAAGUAGCGCCGCAUGCUGACCCGCUGGCUUCUGGGAAUAUCAUCAUGACGGAAACUUCCUAUGCCACCAGCUCCGCUGUACCACCAAGCACGGUGAUCCUGGGGUCCAAACAGCCACACAGCCUUAUCGUAACCGAGAGGGUAUAUGCACCAGCUGGUGCCACCCUGGUUGAGCAGCAUUAUGCUAACAAAGGUAAUGUCACGGUUACUGAAAGAGUGGUCCAACCCAACGGGAGUUUCCCUGAGCCUCUUGAAAGCACCCAGCGCGUGGAAGGUGCACAUUACGUCAUGGUGAGGGAGAGAGAGAGCAUCCUUGCUCCCAACUCAGGAGUACAGCCCAGUCCGGCCCCGCCCAGCAUGACAGUAGGACAGAAUGUGACGGUGACAGAAAGAGUCCUGUCGCCUUCCUCCACUCUGCAGUCCAGCCACCAGAUUCCCAGCGAAGCCUCUGUAAAGGCUAGGAAGACCAUGGCUGCUCAUGCUGGAGUCUCAGGCCUCCUGCCAGAGCUUGCUCUAGAGGAAUCUGGUCAUCUCAGUUCUACCAUGACCACAACUUCCACCAGGGUCCAGCACAGCACUGUGCAGCAUUCUUACUCCUAAACAGCCACCAGCCGCCAGCUGACCUGGAGUUUGACUGGCAGUGACUGGAUGUGUGUUUCCCAUGAGCUCUCCAAGCAAGGAAGCUUACACACUAAGAGAAAGAGUCACUCAUACACGAGGUUCUGUCUCAGAACCCAGAGAGAUGUUUCAGAAAUGCUCCAUAACUCAUACUAAUGGUGCUGUGUUUUUAAGUGCCUUUUAGUUAUGCAAGCAAUAUUCACUUAGCAGAGGGUAACACUGGCUUCUGAGAGCCUGCCACUACCAUUAAUACCCAGCAUCCAGUUCAGCCCUCCAGUAGAACAAGGCAGGAAACUGGGCCUGUUUUUAAGUCAUGUGGAUGCUUAGUAUUGAUAUUCAUAUUCUGUACAUUAUAUCCAUAACUCAGUUAUCAAAAGAUAUGUCUAUGAUUUGGGCUACCAGUUUUGUUGUUGGUUUUCCUUUACAGUGUAACCCUUUUAAAAUUUGUAUAAGAUUGAUUAGAUUGUAGAACACUGACAUGGAAAGAAUACCAAUUUAUUUCUGUACGUGUGACAUGUACACAUACAUGUCAUAUGAUCUUAAAAGUGGCAUUGUAUUUUUAAAAAUUUUUUAUGAGAGAGAGAGAGAAAGAGAGCAAGAGAGAAUUGGUGUGCCAGGGCCUCCAGCCACCGCAAUUGCACUCCACACAUGUACACCA